AUGGAUCGAAAUCUUCCUGGAAAUCAUAAAUUUUGGUUGAAUGAAGAUGCAUCAAGUAAUAAUGAUGGGAAAAUGCAUAUAUUUGUUAAAUUAACUGAUUCAUGUAUGAAAACAAUUGAAGCAUAUAUUAAGACAAAUAAAAAAUUAAGUUCCAAUACAAAACCAAUUAUAAAGUUUAAUCUUAAUGGAGGAGAAAUAUCAAUUCCCACAACAAAUGCUGAUAGAAAGACAUAUUCAUUUAAUAUAUCACCAGAAGAUAAAACACCUGAAGUAUUUCAAUGUAUUAAACAAAUAAAUCGAGAUCAACUUGAAAGUUGUGCUCUUAUUGAACAAAGACUUAAUAUUCAUGCGCAAGAAGAUGUCUAUAGUAUGACAAUAACAAAUGUUACUAAAAAAAAUGAAGAACAAAAUAAAAAACAAACAAAAGAAAUUGGUGAAAGUACUCAAACAAUCUUACAAAAUAAAAUACACAAACCAUCAAAUAAACGUUCAUCAACAUCAACAACAACAACACUAACUAAUCCAAGACAAGCAAGACCAACAAUAAAUUUAGAACUGCAUUUAAGCCCAACUAAUAAUCAAUUGUUAUCGUGUGAAAGACCAUUAAGAGAACGUCUUGUUCAUAUAUUAGCCGCUAAAGUAUAUAGAAAACCUGAACUUCUUCUUCGAUUGAAAAAAGAUGGUGGAAUACGUGACGAUGAAAAAGACCAACUAGAUACAUUAUUAUCAUCAAUAUCAACACAAUCCAAAACAGGAGAAUUUUAUCUUUUAACAAAUAUCUUAACGAGCGGUGAAAUUAAUUAUGAUUGGCCUUUUUAUCCUAAAGCAGAAGCAUCAUUUGUUCAAAAAAAAAUUAAAGAACAUCAAAAUAAUCCAGCAAGAUCAACAAUUAAUAAAACAACAACUGAUAAUUCUUCAUCGUUACCAUCAUCAAUAUCAAAUCGACCAUCAUUGACAAAUACAAAUACAAAUUCAACUAAUAAAAUUUCAACAACAACAUCAUCCAGUGGAACAAAAGCAAAAUUAAAUUUAUCAACAAAUCGUUUAACAACAACAACAAUAACUGAUAAACAAAGUUCAAUAGAGAAUGAAGAAACUCUAACAACAAAAGCAGCAGUAGAUAAUUCAUUAUGUGAUGAACGUAUUCAACAAUUAUCAGAUAUGUUGGAUAAAAUUUCAAGUGCAUUAUCACACUCUGAUAAAUCAAAUGAUCAGUUAUCAAAUGCAAUGGAGUUUUCUGAUGAAUAUAAUAUUGAUCAAGCUGAAAACGAAUAUAAUCGUCUUGUUCCAGAAUAUAAUUCUUUGAUUGAUUAUCUUAAAAUAGUAUCAGAAAAAUUUUCAUUACUCGAACAACAAUUUAAUGAAGACAAAACAAAUGAAAAAGCAUCAAAAAUAGUUGAAGAAUUUUUCAAAUGUGAAAAUAGCGAUGGAUUUAUAAAUAAACGACAACGUCUUAUUGAACUACACAUUAAAUUAAUUAGUUUACAAAAAAUUUUUGAAAAAACUUCUCCUUUAAAUAAUUUUCAUAUAUCUGAUGAUGAUCAUAAUGAUUGUUAA